AUGAAUCUUUAUUUUUCCGAGAGACUACACGAGUUGGCCGAGUUGUUGGCAGUUCUGGAACAUUUGGUAGAGGAGAACACGUGGGCAUUUGCCGUGGAAUGCCUGCUGGGCGAAAGCACGUGCUCAUACGCACUUCUAUACGAAAACUGCAGCUCCUGCGCUAGACUGCAAAGGCUUUGGGAGGACAAAACUUCCGUCCUUCUUGAGCAUUCACACCACGUGGGCACUGCCAACCUUUUUUCCUUCUUGAGUUUAUCGGUUUUACCAACACGUGGGCAGACGACUUAUGCGGGUCAUGCCGCUCUGUUUAACGCGCGAGUAUUUGAUACGUUUUGCACGCUGCUCGGCCCCCUCGGAAUGCUGACACGCGCAUUUGACAAAAGCAUGGCGGGCGUAGCCUUGCACGUGCUGGAGAGCGGUUACCAUUUCACCACGUGCUACCCCGAGCUUGUUCUCCAGCGCGGCUUUCUGCGCGUCCCCAUUGGCAUCAUCGACUAUUACUGCAGCGCAGCGCGUCAUUGUUCUGAGCAGCUUUUGCGGAAAUCGCUGGAGCUCAUAGCUUGCUUUAUUUCGCAAAAGCACGAGUACAGCGGAGCUUACGAGGACUUCUUGCGAGUUGCUUGGGAAAAAAUCGUUGCUCUAUCCUCAAAACAUGCGCUCCCUCCAGCACUCUAUAAGUGCGUUUCGCUUAUUUUGUUCACUCUUUUGAAAAAGUGUGCUGCUGCCAGAGAAGAAACAGGCUGGCAGAAGUUGUAUUCUGUGCUCUCCCAUUGGUCGGUAGAUGUUCGCUGGGAAGUGCGCGACGCUUUUCUUGAGUUCCUCCAGCUCUUUAGUCUUUCUUGUGAUGCGCCCGACACUGCGCGACCCAACUCUUCUUUUUUCCCUCCACCAGAGGUGCUUGGUUGCACGUGCAUUCCUCGUGACAAUCUAGCUGAAAACCAGAAAGACAGUGAUCUGUUUUCCUAUAUACUUAAAGAAGGCAGUCAAGAUUUAUUAAUGACCCGACUGGUAGACAGCGGAAGAGAUGAAAAUUUUUACGUGGCGAAGGACGCUCUAAAAACUAUUUCGUUGGCAAUGAUUCCCUCCCCAUCUUUUAGAAAAUAUUUUUUGGAAAGACUCAAAAGUGCUUAUUUGAAUAAUAAUAAUAAUAAUACCGCUCCUAAUCCCAAAAAUAUUAAGUAUAGCAAUAUGGCUUACUACGUAGACUACAUUAUAGGAAUAUACAAAAGCAGGCCUCACUUCCAUAUCCGUCUGAGUUGCUUCGAGGUUCUAUCUUCCUUUUUAGAACCAAACAGCUAUAAGCUUACUGGCGCUCGAUGCCUUUAUUGUUUCCUAAACCAAACUAUGUUACUCGACGCUGUCAAGUCUAUUGCCGAAGAACUGGAAAGUUUAAACCAGUUAUUUCGCUUGGCGUUAUUUCAUGACACUGAAUAUGAAGUUCGCAUAAGUUGUUACAACUUUAUUGUAGUUAUUAUGUGGUUGUUAGUUUCUAGCGCAACCUUUUCUUUGCAAGCAGAAACAUCGCAAACUGCACUGACAGGCGUGAGAACGCCAGAUGUUUUGUGCAUACUAAAGGGAGUUAAUGCCAUAAACCUACUACAACUCGGACUUGAUGAUGUUAUUCAAGUUCGCACCUUUCUGAAAAAAGCUGUAGUACCUCUAUUAAAGGGUGUAGACUCGUUAUGUGGAGCGUCUCUUAAGACUAAUUAUCUGUAUUAUGGUAGUACUGCAAACUUAGCGGAUAAAAGUCACGCUGAGGAAGCUAUUAAUUGGUUUACUGAAGCCAAACUUAAUCAUCUUAUCGAGUGUAAGGAGCUGGUAGUUGAUGAGUGCCUAGUGAAAAAAUUUGAUUUUUUGGAUUCAUUGCUUGAGCCUCUUACUCUCGCAGAAAAUCACAAGGACUGUUACUAAUUUAUAUGACUUGAUGUCAUACUUUAAACUAUAAAGAGGA